GUCAACGGUACCGCGAUGGUCUGCGCCUCCCCGAACGCAUUGCUGCCGCCGCCGUACUCGAACGCGUCGUCGUCCGGUGUGCAGCCACGAACCCAGGAGCCAAGUCUGAAGUUCAAAAUAUUCUCUUGCAGCAUCAAGCAUCUCUGCUGUUUGUAUUACAGGUGUGAUCUUAGAAUUAACUAUUCUUAUCGUUGAAAUUGCAAUUUUAGUAUAGAAUAAUACUCCUUAACAGGACGGGAUGGAUAUAUAUAAAUACUGAUAAAGUAAUGAUUUCCAAUUAGGAUGCUCUCUAGCUGUUGUCGGAAAGUUUAUUUGAACAAAAUGGAUUUCUGGGGCCGAACCUUUGAUUGGGUUCCCGAUUUCCUGGGACGGCUUGUGAUUAGUCCAAGAUUGAGCAUCUGAAUUCAGCAAGCUAAAAUGACAAAAGAAAUGGUUCUCAUAAUGAUUUUUGCAAGCAUGUGUUGAAGUAUGGGUUCGGUUGGGAUUGAUUCUGGAUAGGCCAAAAAACAUUUCUAUGGAGAAUCACUUCUCCAAAUAAUUACUUCAAGUGGUUUUAAGUGAUUUUAUGGAGAAGCACAUAAGAGGUGUUUAUGCUCAGAAUCACUUAAAAUCACUUAAAGUGAUUAUAUGGAGAAGCACAUGGGAGCUGAUUCUCCCCAGAAGUGAUUCUGGCCUAUCAAGAAUCACUCCCAAAUGAGCCCUAAAUCAGCAUGAGUUUGUAUUUUACAGUUAGAGAAACAUGUAAUGUUGUAGCCAAAAUUGAUAAACAUGAUGACAAAGAACCUCCCAACUGUAUAUUCUCAUGUUCUCACCACAACGGUAUGACCAAAGCACUAUUAACCUAUCUAUAUGUUUAUACACAUAUCUGUUUAUGCCAAGCAUGCAAGCCAGCCCUAUAGAAGUGAUUUCUACCUUCAAAGGGAUGGACAAGAUCAUAUCAGCUUAAAACAUGGCACGAGCCAUCGAUCUUCUUGCGAUUGCGCUUAUCGUUUUUCCUAGCAUGGUUUUGGCAACAGAGUAUGUUGUUGGAGAUGAUGAAGGCUGGAAUUCUGGAGUCGAUUACUAUGCUUGGCUUGAUGGCAAAACCUUCUAUGUGGGAGAUGUGUUAGUUUUCAAUUACAAUGCAGGUGACCACAAUGUGAUUGUAGUUGAUGCUGACGGGUAUGAUAAAUGCAGUGCAUCUCCAAACUGGGGUUCUUAUGACAGCGGCAACGACGUGAUAACGUUGAGCUCUCCCAGGGACAACUAUUACAUAUGUCAAUGGCACUGUGAUUACACUGACCAGAAGCUUAAGGUCAGUGUCUUACAAAACUAGAUGUCCCUCAUCCUCAUGUAUGCCUGCCUGUGUCUUCACCCAAAUUAGCACCACCCUGAGAAAAGCUUGGUUGAGAAUCUUGAGAUUUCAGGUGAUUUGGAAAGUCCAAAUGGAAGGCAGAGGUUUAGAUUUGGCUGCUAUAUGAGUGUUGUGUGAUUAUAUAAGUUCUAUGUUGGACCGACCACCUUAUUGGCUGAGGUCACUUAUAUAUAUAUAUAUAUAUAUAUAUAUUUUGGGUUGCUCUUUU